ACGCGGCCAAUUUUGGAGGUCAAAGACCUGCAAACGUACUUCUUUACGCGGACCGGCACCGUCAAAGCGGUUGACGGUGUUAGUUUCCAACUAUUCCCAGGGGAAACACUCGGUGUAGUGGGUGAAUCCGGCUCCGGCAAAAGCAUGACUGCUCUGUCGAUAAUGGGAUUGGUCCCAAAACCGGCCGGGCGUACGGUCGGCGGCGAGAUUCUCUACAACGGCGAAGACCUGCUGCAGAAAUCUGAAGCUGAGAUGCGCCAGAUGCGCGGGUCGGAAAUCUGCAUGAUUCUGCAAGAUCCCAUGACUUCGCUAAAUCCGGUUUACACCGUGGGAAAUCAGGUAAUAGAAACGCUGCGGCAAAACACUGGGGACGGCCGCAGCCUGGGGUUGAGGGCCAGGGCAAUUGAAUUGCUGGAAAAGGUUAAAAUCCCUUCCUCAGAUAUCCGCUUCUCAAACUACCCACACCAGAUGUCGGGGGGUAUGAGGCAGCGCGUAGUGGGGGCCAUCGCCGUGGCCGGCUCGCCCAAGGUGCUUAUCGCCGACGAAGCCACCACGUCGCUCGACGCCACCAUCCAAUACCAGUACCUGGCGUUGCUGAAGGAGUUACAGCAGGAAACGGGCAUGGCGAUCAUUUUCAUCACCCACGACUUCGGCAUUGUUGCCAAGAUGUGCGACCGCGUGGCGGUGAUGUACGCCGGCCGAGUUGCGGAGAUUGCCGGCGUUCGCGAGUUGUUCAACAACCCACAGCACCCCUACACAGAAGCGUUGAUGCGUUCGGUGCCGAACGUCGAUGAAGACCCCACCACCCAGAACGGGGAUUCCAUCAUUGAGCUGGAAAACGUCCGCAAGUAUUUCCCUAUCACCAAAGGUAUCCUGCUCCGUCGUUCCAUCGGGCAAGUUCAGGCCGUUGACGGAGUUUCUUUCAAAAUCAAGGAAGGUGAAACCUACAGUCUGGUUGGGGAAUCCGGUUGUGGAAAAACCACCACGGCGCGCAUGGUGUUGCAAGUAGAGACUCCAACCGCCGGCACGAUUCGAUUCCACGGCAAAGACACCAAUCAGUUCAGCGGGUCGGACCGCAAAGAGUACCGCGCGUCAGUUCAGGCGGUAUUCCAGGACCCCUGGAGCUCGCUGAAUCCACGCAUGCGCGUCGGUUCCAUCAUCAUGGAACCGCUGCUCACAAACCAGCCCAUGGGCAAACACGAGGCCCAGGAACAACUGGAAACUCUGUUGCGUGAUGUGGGGUUGCGGCAGGCGCAGGGAGACUACUACCCACACGAAUUCAGCGGCGGUCAGCGGCAGCGAAUCGCCAUCGCCCGGGCGCUUUCACUUCGUCCCAAGCUGAUCGUGCUGGAUGAGCCGGUAUCGGCGCUGGAUGUUUCCAUACGCGCCCAGAUCAUGAACUUACUUAGGGACCUGCAAAACCAAUACGGCGUUAGCUACCUGUUGAUCGCCCAUAACCUGGCCACUGUGCGAUAUAUGAGCCACCAGGUUGGGGUGAUGUACUUGGGGCGAAUGGUUGAAGAGGCGCCGGUUCGCGAGUUAUUCACCAAUCCCAGCCAUCCCUACACCAAAGCGUUGAUCGCAGCAUCACUGCCUUCACACCGGACAUUGAACGUGAAGAGAUCAUCAUAUCUGGAGAAGUUCCAUCGCCGAUGA